AUGGCGGCGACGGCGGUGACUACAGCUCCUCCGGCACGUUCUUCAGCCUCGCACGACCUCUCGCUACCUACUCCUCCUCCCGAGCCGUUCGCCGCCCCCAAACUCCCGCAGCCGUUAGCCGCCGGAGCCACCCUUCGCCGCGGGAGCCGCUCGCCGCUGGAGCCGCCGCGGGUCGCCGCCGGAGCCGGAGCCGCCCGCCCCUGGAGCCGCUCGCCGCUGGUCGCCCUCUGCCCGUUGACGGAUGUGAGGGCGGUCCUCUUCUGCUUCCCCGCAGCGGUCACCCUCCGCGACGCUCGCGCCUCCAUCGACAGCUUCCUCUCCCGCCUCGACGCGCCCGUCGCCGUGCCGUCCGACAGCGAUCAGCCUAUGGCGGAUGGCGGCGAGGCGGGGGAGCCGAUUAUUGGGAAGGUGGAGGAUGGGCUCCCGGAGUGCGCUCUGCAGGGGAACCAGCGCCAGAAGCGGCCCGUCCCGCCUUCGUGGCCCCUCGGGCCCCGUUCGAGUGGCGCUGGCAUGGCACCGGAGGCCACCACCGAGCCGGCGCUGGACGUGCAACUGCGGCGGGGCACUGCCAUGGAUCUCUUGCUGCAGUUCCAUGCGUAGGAUGAAGGUGACUCUUGGUGCUUUGGCGUGGUGAUGAGAAUUUAAUUGAUUUACUACUAGGUUACUUUGGAUUAGACAUAGAUGCAGAAACCUUGUGAAUAAUUGUGCGCUUGGGCUGUGUCGAUCUGAGGGGAAUGGCCGAAUGAGCAUUGUGACAGAAUGAUUGCGUUACUGCUGUGCCGGCUGAUGUUCAGAGUAUGUAUCAGCAAUGUAGUCCGCUCAGAUAAACCAAAUUUUCUCUUUAUAAAACAUGCCGCAAUCAAACCUGCAUGACCAAGAUACUGAAAUUACUCUCUUCGCCAGUAUCAACCUGAAGUACCGAUUUACAUUCACUCUCUUCUGAAUCUUUGAUUUAUGUAAUCGGGAAGAACAUUUGCUGUUAUUUUCUUGAUCUGAAUUGUUCAUCAAUUUAAUCAUGAAAAUUUAUGUGAAUUAUUUAAUCAGGAAGAAACUUGGGUACU